GCUGACAUGGCCAAGUGGGGACAGGGGGACCCGCGCUGGAUCGUGGAGGAGCGGGAGGAUGGGACCAACGUGAACAACUGGCACUGGUGAAAUUUCUAGACCUCCUUUCUCCCAAAUAAGCCAUGCCUCCCAACAUAUCUUAAAGCACUGAUGAGACUUAGAAGAUGUUUGGUAGAAAACUGGUCUGACAAUGUGCUUGACAGAGCGGGAUGCCACCAGCUGGUCCAAGGGGAGGCUUCGUGAACUCCUGGUGGGUAUCACCGUGGAGAAUGAGGCUGGCCGCUGCGAGAUCAGUGAGCUGAAGCAGGUGGAAGGCGAGGCUUCCUGCAGCAGCCGCAAAGGAAAGCUGAUUUUCUUCUAUGAGUGGAACAUCAAGCUGGGCUGGAAAGGUAUCAUUAGAGAAUCUGGUGCGAAGCACAAGGGGUUGAUUGAAAUACCCAGCCUGUCUGAAGAAAAUGAAGUAGAUGACACUGAGGUGAACGUGAGUAAAAAGAAAGGAGAUGGGGAUAUUCUGAAGGAUCUUAUGAAAACUGCAGGCACCGCCAAGGUCAGGGAAGCCCUUGGAGAUUACCUGAAGGCACUUAAGACGGAAUUUACAUUGGGAAUGAUUUUACCAACCAAAGCUAUGGCAGCCCAGGAAUUGACAGUUAAAAGGAAACUGAGUGAGAAUACCUUGCAGAGUCAGGCCUCCUCUCCGGUGGCACUGGGCGUAAGGAUCCCCACCGUGGCCCUGCACAUGACGGAACUCUUUGACGCAGCUAUCGAGCAGCUGUACAGAAUCUUCACUGUGAAAGAUUUGGUGCAAAAAUUUUCUAAAUCUCCUGCUGUAUUAGAAGCUGAAAAGGGAGGGAAAUUCCAAAUGUUUGAUGGAAACAUCUCUGGUGAAUAUACAGAACUGUUAACAAAUAAAAAGAUCGUCAUGAAAUGGAGACGUAGGAACUGGCCAGAAGAACACUAUGCAAUAGUUGCACUGAAUUUUGUGCCUACGCUAGAGCAAACAGAAUUACAAUUGGACUGUAAAGGAGUUCCUGUCUGUGAAGAAGAGAACAUGAAAUUUUGUUGGCAGAAGCAGCAUUUUGAAGAAAUAAAAGGUUUACUGCAAUUGACCACCUUAAAUGGUUGAGUUAGUUAGGAGACUUUAUAAGGGCAUUACUUUUUGUAAGCAGAAAGUAUCAUGUUUACCUCUUCCUCUAUUGUUCCUUUAAAAAAAAAUACUCUAAUUUAUACUAGAUGAAAUCCACAAACUAAUACAGAAUUGAAAGCA